CUCCUCCCGUCACAACAAACAUGGCGGCGGCGGCUGUGGGGGGCUGGAGUCGGGGCGAAGUUGGCGCCGGGUCCCGGCCGUGAGGGGGACGGUGGCGGUGCCGCGAUGUUCGGGGACCUGUUCGAGGAGGAGCCGUCCCUUGCGCCCGGCCUCCCUUGUGGCCCCGGGAAGAAGGCCAAGACGCGGGAUGCGGAGCCGCCGGCCCCGAGGGAGGUCACCCAUUUAAGUGGGAUUAAGAACCAGGGCGGGACCUGCUACCUCAACUCCCUGCUGCAGACUCUGCUUUUCACGCCAGAGUUCAGAGAGGCACUGUUUUCUCUAGGCCCUGAAGAACUUGGUUCUCUGGAAGAUAACAAUAAACCAGAUGCAAAGGUUCGGAUAAUUCCAUUACAGUUACAACGGUUGUUUGCUCAGCUUUUGCUCUUAGAUCAGCAGGCUGCAUCUACAACAGACCUCACUGACAGCUUUGGAUGGAGCAGCAAUGAGGAAGUGAGGCAACAUGAUGUGCAGGAGUUAAAUCGGAUUCUGUUCAGUGCUUUGGAAACUUCCCUUGUGGGUACUUCUGGCCAUGACCUUAUUAAUCGCCUGUACCAUGGAACUCUUGUUAACCAGAUUGUUUGUAAAGAAUGCAAGAACAUUAGUGAGAGACAGGAAGAUUUCUUAGACCUAACAGUGGCUGUAAAGAAUGUAUCUGGCUUGGAGGAGGCCCUGUGGAACAUGUAUGUGGAAGAGGAAUAUUUUGAAAAUGAUAAUCUAUAUCGAUGUGGAGCAUGCAAUAAACUGGUUGAAGCAUCAAAGUCUGCCAAACUACGCAAGUUGCCUCCAUUUCUCACUAUCUCCCUCCUGAGGUUUAACUUUGAUUUUGAGAAGUGUGAACGAUACAAGGAAACGAGCUGCUAUACAUUCCCUUUCCGGAUAAACCUCAGGCCUUUUUGUGAGCAGACUGAGUUGGAUGAUUUGGAGUACAUGUUCGACCUCUUUUCUGUUAUUAUACACAAAGGUGGUUGCUAUGGCGGACAUUAUCAUGUUUAUAUCAAAGAUGUUGAUGAAUUAGGAAAUUGGCAAUUGCAAGAGGAGGGAAACAAACUAACUAAGGAUAAGUUUGUAAAAGAUAAUGAAAGUGGCAAAGAAAAUGAGAAUCCUCUGACAGACCUGAAAGAGAUCUUAUCACAGGAAGAAUCUAAACAAAUUCCUGUGGAUCAGUUAGGGCAGAAAUUUUUAGAGAGAAAAGGGAUAUCCUGGAACAAGAAAUACCGGAAACCAUUUGGACCAUUACGAAAGUAUUUGCAGAGUCAUUCUCAGGUAUUUCUGUUCAGUCCCGAUGGAAAUAAGAUUAGUCUAAAAGAGAACUACCACAAGCUCCAGUUUGGGCCAGAUUCUCAAGGACAAGAUUUGCAGAGCCCUUCCCAGAACAACAAUGUCCAGUGGACUUCAGAAAAACUGUCAACAAGAUUAAAGGAUGACGCUUCUGGUUCUCACUGGUUUGAUUUGAAUGAUUCGAAAGUCCAGCCAAUUAAGGAGAAAGAUAUAGAGGAACAAUUUCAGGGUAAAGAAAGUGCCUACAUGCUGUUUUAUCGAAAAUCCCAAUUGAAAAGACCAUCUGAAGCUCAUGCAAAUCCAAGGUAUGGAAUUCCUGAACACCUCUUGAAUGAAAUGAAUGCUGCUAAUGCUGAACUGCAGAAGAGGAGGGCAGAAUGUGACUCUGCAGACAAUAACAUUGACUUGCAUCUUCAUUUGGCUUCUCGAUAUAAAUUUUACAAUGGGGCUCUCCACCCAUCGCUUUCUCGGAAGGAAAGUGUGCUGGAUCUGACUAUUGAUAAAAGAAAAACCCUAGGAGAUCUGCGACAAUCUGUAUUUCAGCUGUUGGAAUUUUGGGAAGGAGACCAGAUUCUCAGUACUGCAAAGUCUCUCCCAGCAGGACUUCAUCUUUACCAGACGCUUAAUGGAGAUGAACUGACUCUGGAUGGCAUUGGACUAGCUGAUGGGGCAGACAUCUUUGUGUGGAAUGGAAAGGAGGUUGGUGGCAUCGAUGUGCUGACAGGCCUUGACCAUGAGCCCGUACUUCUAAACGUUCUUCGUUUAGCGGGGUAUAACGAAGGAGGAAAAGGUCAGCACUUCACUGAAUCCCAGCAUAUUUUUCCAUGCAGUGCAGAACUGAGCACUCUGUGCAAAGCUUUAACAUCAUCAAGAGGGAUCAUCUUAAUGAACAGUUCAGGAUCAGACAGUGAAGCUAAAAACUGGAAGGUCAUUUCUGAAGAGAAUAUGAAGAAGACAGUCAAAACAACUGGUUUGACAGAUGGAAGCUCAAUACUAGUUUUAGACAGCCAUGACCAAAGCUUGGUAAAUGUGGUAGAUGGCAAUCUGACUGCUUUUACACAUGAUAUCAGCUGGCUACAAGUUAAAAAUCUCUGCAGGUUGGAGGCUGAAGAGAGACUAGUUAAAAUUACUGCAACUAUAGAAACAGUGAUGUCAGAUAUCAAAAUUACAGCAAUACGGGAGUUGCAAUUAGAGGAGCAGUUAGUGAAUGAUAUCUGUCUCAGACCUAUUAACAGAAAUGGGAAGCUUCUGUCUCCAGUGCCAGAGGAUUACACUGUCAAAGAAGCAGAGCUGAAGAUGGGAAGCUUGCUGGGACUGUGCCAUGGAAAAGCUCCAACUUCCACUCAGCUCUUCUUGUAUUUUGUUAUUGGAAAUGAUCUACAGGCAGUCCCAGAAAUGGAAAUAGUUGUUGAAGAGACUGCUACUGUGAAAGAGUGCCUAAACUUAAUGCUGGAGAAAUCUGGGUUACCAGGUGACAGCUGGCAUUUGAGAAGGAUUGACUGGUGCUAUGAAGCUGGAGAGGCAUUAAGUGAGGAAAAUGCCACUUUGAAAGAACUCAAUGUCUGCAAUGGCGAUACAUUGGUUAUAACUGAGGGGAAACUUCCACCAAAGGGUUUCCUGAAAGUACCCAUCUGGUGGUAUGAACCUUUGAUUUACUACGGACAUCAAGAGCCUAUUCAGAACCAAGUGAAUGGCGUGACCUGUAAGAUAGGGGAUUUGGAAGUAUCUUCAGCUGGAACUUCUUCAACGUACAUCCAAACAGACGUGAGGCUUUGUUACAUGGGUGAUGUAGAAAUCUCUGGAAAAGCUUCUUUGGCAGAUCUGAAGAUUCAGGCCAUGACCUUGCCAUCCUUCCAGGAGUUCAGUGUCCCAUCACCAGAGUUUCUCAGAGCCUGGACAGUGGAAAGUAAGCGCCCAGGCAAACUUUUACGAAACAACCAGCAACAACUCAAUGAAUACAAACUGGGAGGCAAAGCAGAAAUUUGCAUAGAACCUUUACAGAAAGAAGAGAGCCUUAGCCCCAGUGACUUACUACUUCGAGUACAGAUGCGCAUACCUGGGGAGAGGGAUUAUUACUGCUCUGUGGAUUUGCUGUGGGAUAUCUCCAAGGAAUGCACAGCAUUGGCACUGAGGCAGCGACUUGCUGCACAUUAUUCUCUUCCCGUGGAUAAAACUGAAAUUGCUAAACACUUCCCUGAGAAGUUUGAGUGGAUGCCAAUAUCUAGCUGGACCCAGCAAAUUUCAAAGAGAAAAAGAAAAAAAAAACAGGAGAGUCUGCAGUCAGCACCCUAUUACCUGAAAGAUGGAGAUAUUAUUGGUGUGAAGAAUCUUUUACUUGAUGACAGUAAGGACUUCAGUACCAUGAGAGAUGAUAUUGGAAAAGAGAAGCUGAGGCAACUUGCUGUGGAAAAAAAGAAAAGCAGGCAAGCAGAGCAUUUGCAGAAUGAUGUUUUUUCUGAGGGAAAGGUGGCUCCUAAACAUCGUAAGCCAGAAGUGGCUCUUUCAAUCAAUGUGGGAGUCUUCAGAUAGCAUCGUACAAGUGACUGCCUGAACCAACCUUGCCACUGACAAGAAUUUGAAUGGAGUACCUCAACUGGACCAGCAGAGGGAUGGUCUUUCCCAAAGUGUUCUCAUGAUUCUGAGGCAAUUGGAUAUAGGAUUCAAGACUACGCUAGAAUUUUUUUAAAUGAUCAGACUUGGCAAAGUGCUUUAUUAUCCCUUUGUCAAUGUGGUACUUAUUCUCAGGCUAGGUGACUGCACUUUAUCAAAGGGGAAACAAACAAAUAUAUUAUGUUUUCUUUCAGCAAGUAUUUUGUAACAACCUUACUUAUUUUUAUCUGACACUGAUGUCCUGUACCAUCACUACAGAGUAUUUUCUCAUGCAGUCAUACUUCUGAAAGAAGACUUUUUGGCUCCACCUUUGACUACUAGAAUAAUUGGCAAUCUUAAAUUUUGUUUACAUACCUGAUUGAUAAACCUGAGCUUGUGUUCAUUUAAAUCAAAUUUUGUUCAUGCCUUCUUUUCUCUUGUUUUCUUCUGUCUCCAGCCAUUAUCAGCUGUGUUGUGGUAGGGGUGGAAAGUGAUUUGACAGUAGCCAAGUAGCAACAUUUUUAAAGCAGUUAUGUUUCCGAGUUGUGUCAAGAUAGCUGAUAUAUUCAGCACAUGCAACAUUUCAGUACUUUUGGUACUCUCUUAUGCUGAAAUAUUUUAACUGAGCUUCAAGCCAGAACUCUAGUUUUGCUCUAGAAUUCUAGAGGAAUUCUCUUUAUUUGUCAGGAAAACGAAGAAAUCAAGGGAAUACUGAAAUCAGCAUUUGAAAUAAAUAUGCUGAGUUGGCCAAAGGAGGAAGAAAAUGUGUUUAAAAACAUGUAAAAGCUCUAAAGCAUGAAAUCCUUAGGAGAGAGAUGGCUGCAUGAGAGAAAUGCAUUACUUCUGUACUGUUCUCCUCUAGGUGGCUUGUCCUUUCUCUGUUUCCAGAAAGAAUCAGGAGAAUGUUUGAAUGAAUACUGUACUUUCUUCACUUACUCAGGAAAAAAACUUUACUGUAAAGGAGUAAAAAAAUAGGAAAAUAUUUCUCUUCCGGUUUUGUGCAACUAUUUGUACAUCCCCCCCAGUGAUAAUAAAUUGAGUAUGUAUAUAUAGGAUGAGCAAUAGAUGAAAGCUUCUAAUACCAGCUAAGCACAGUUGUGUGAAAAUCUCUUAUGUAUUAUAUUUGAUAAGAUGUCUGUGGAAGGACUGUAAUCUUAGUUGUUGGUAUUUGAGGGCUCAUAUAGAUAACUGAAUAAUGAAACCACAUUUUCCUACCACUCAGCUUUGGAGUCAGGCUCAUCAUUAUAAAUGAAUUGAUACAUUUUCAGCUCGUUUAUUUAGAAUACCUUUGUGCUUCUGACAGCUAAACACUUACAUUUCCUGACAAUACAUGCACUAUAACUUGAUUUGGAAUCAGGUUAAGUAUUUUCUUUGGAGAUAAAUAGUAUUGGUUUAACCAACCAGUGAAUUAACCAAAAUACUUAGCAGAGCUUGAAUCAUUUGUAAUCUAGGGUUUUUACAUAUUAAGUACUGUGGUGAGAAUAGGAAGUAUACAUUUUAAAAAUAACUGCGUAUCAUUAACUCGAACUACAAUAAAGUGUUUGCCACAUACUGUAACAAAAAUUACCCUUUCUCUGGGUGUCUGGGGAAAUUGAUUUUCCUCUGCCAAUGAAGCCCACUGUCAAAUAUACUGCAAAACCUUGCUAAACUACACCAAUGGUUGGAAAACCCAUUGUAAAUUAGUAAGGAAGUAUUCAAGCCAUUUUUUUUUAAAGUAAAAUUUUUUUAUAAUACAGUAUCAUUGUCAAAAUGAAUAAACACGGUGUAUAUAUUGUUAGAGUAAUGUAAUAAAUAUUUUGUGUAUAUAGCUGUCUUAGUAGUAAACUGCUUCACUAUAGCAACUAUUUAAACUUUGAAUGAGAAAAUGGAAGAUCCAACUUGUUGAGGUGUGUAGAUUAGCAAGAUUCUACUGUUUGAAAAUUAAAAACUGACUGCUUCCCUCUAGGCACGUAUUCAGCAAAAUCUUACACACCUGCUUAACUGUAAAGCAUGUGCUUAGUCCUCCUCUCUGCACAUGGCUAAAAUUAGGCAGGUUCUGAACUGCUUUCCUAAACUAGGUCAUUUGUCAGAAAGGGAGGAUGUUCGAUAUUUUUCUAACGGUUCUGGUCUGAAGUUUUAGCUGAGUUGAAUGCUGUUGAAUUAAGUAAUCCUAGAUUUAUGGAACCAACUCUCAAUGACUUGGCUAAAGCCAAAAAAACUUUUAUUUUUCUCAAACUGACCUAGCAUUCCCUGAUGUGUUUUUCUCAGCUGUGUCUCAUUUUAACGUGCAUUUUUAUAAGCCAUACUUUUCUGGAAUUAUUUCAUGUAAUGAGCACCAAGGCUAGACCUUGGUAAACAUACGUGCUUGCAAGCAAUUCCAUUAGUUCAGUUUAAUUUGCUGAUAUUUUAAUUACUCUGUUCCCAUGUUGGAUAAGUUUUGUUCUUCUUUUUUUCCACCUUCCUUUAAUUAAUGACUGAAGCCUGUACUUUUGAAAAGUUACAAGGCUUGGAAAUUGCAGUACUAAUUGCAAAUACUUAAGUGGGUAUUUUAGUAUGUGCCUUUAUUGAAGUGUAAUGUAGCAAUGAGUGCACUGAACUAAUUUUGAUUUUUUUUUUAUUCCUAAUGUUUGUUUGAGAAACUUCUCUUAAAGUCAUUGUGGACCAUUCCACAAUGAGGGAUUUUUUUGUUAAGGGGGAUAAUGCCUUUUUAAACGGAGUCUUCAUGAUUCUGCAGUUUGUCACUGUUGUUUUGACGUGAGGAAAAGCUUUCAUCUUUAUUUUCCAAAUGUACCUUAGAAACUGAAUAAAGAAUUGUUUAUAUAUACAGUAAA